AAAUUCCGGCUCAAGACGAAGAAAAGAAAGAAGCAGCAACACGGCAUCGAAAAUGGGAAAGGGAGCUUCAAAUGCUUACUUCAAGACCAGAAAAGGCUCGGCAGCUGCCAUUACCACCAUCAUGGCGUUCGCGAUACUUUUGAUGCUGAACGCGGGAAGGUUCUACAUACACGGGCCCUUUCACAUGCUGCACUACCUGGGCUUUGCCUACAUGCUCAACGGUGCGUUCAUGAUUUUGCACGGCCUCAUGGGCGACAUGGAUCCUACCAGAAUGUUUCUUGUGACGUACUACGGCAGCGGUGCGCUGAUGUUCCUCAUCAGUGGAGUACUCUCCGUGUCCAAUACUUCAGCCCAGCACUUGCUUACGAUGGCCAUCGGUGUCCUUGGCAUUGUCGAAGGAUUCAUCAUGGGCGUCUUGGCAAUUUUUGUUAAAACUCUCUAG